ACAACCUGAGAGCCUGUGUGGCGCCAGUUUAUUGGUUGGAAAAAAAAAUUGACACAUAAAAAAUUACAUAUUUUUUGACGUGGCAAGAAAAAGCUAAAUUGUAGGUCCCAUCAGAACUCUGUUCCAGGAUGCAUGCUGCCUCCUCCAUCCUCGGAACCACGGAGUUCGUUUAUUUUCCGUUUAUUUCUCUCCAAUUCCAUCUGUCCAAACGGAAAGCGUCCCCGAGAAGAAUCUCAGGGAAGUCUCCUCCUCCAAUCCCACCCUAACCCUUAACAAUCCAAUCCAUUAUUUCCAGCAACAGAAAACCAACCCACUGGCGGCAACAACCGCCAGCGAAUUUCUGAAGCAGCCGUAACUGCAGCAACAGCAACAGGCAUCUGUAUAUAGGAGAAAGGCGUCGGCCAUGGCUGCAACCACCAUGGCGUGGCUCUCUGACGUUAAGCGCUCCCUCAGCGCCGAUUCCCGCCGCAAUGGAAACCGCCGCUCAGAUAAGCCGGCGACCCUCGGAAUCCUGGCAUUCGACACCGCCAAGAUCAUGUCUCGUCUCGUUUCCCUCCACAAGUCCCUCUCCGAUGACGAGAUCUUCAAGCUCAGGAAAGAGGUCAUGAGAUCAAAAGGCGUUUCCUACCUCAACUCCAAAGACCCAGGGUUCCUCCUCUACCUCGCCUGCGCUGAGAUCCUGGAAGAUCUCGAUUCGACUGCCAUCGCGAUCGCUCGGUUGGGCCGAAAAUGCUCCAAUAUCGGCCUCAGUCAAUUCGAUCUGGUCUACAGCGAUCUCAAAAUGGGAAUCAUCGAUCUCUCGAAGCUGAAAUUCGCUUCCAGAGAUGUCGACAAGGUGUUCGACAAAAUGGAGAAAUUCGUGAGCGCGACAGCGAAUCUGUUUUCCUCGCUGGAAUCUCUAUCGGAGAUGGAAAUUUCGGAAAAGAAAUUGCAGGUGUGGAAGAAGAACAUGACUCAGAAGACGAAUUUCGACCUAUUCGACACGAAAAUUGCAUGGCAAAGAAAGCAAGUUCGGAUGUUCAGAGACCUCUCUCUGUGGAGCCAGACCUUCGACAAGACCGUCGCCCUCAUGUCUCGCGCCGCCUGCUUCGUGUACACCCGAGUUUGCCUCGUUUUCGGACCUUACAUUUCUGUUCUGCCUUCAAUUUCGAACCGAAAUCUCCAAUAUCCGCCGUACCAGCAGAUGCACAUCCGCGCCCUUCCGGAGAAUGGACGCGCCUCCAAAUCGGGACCCAUCGCGAUAACCCCGAAACAGAAACUGACUCGGGUCUUCAGCCGAAAAUCGAGUCUGCUAGUCUCGGAUGACAUCGGUUUCGGAGUCGGUUUCGGCAUCGGCUACGACGACUCUAACAAUUUCGGGUUUGGGGAGAUGGGGAAGCACAACAGCGUGUUCCGGGCGGCGCCGCCGUCCACGUUGGGGGGUUCAGGUCUAGCGCUGCGGUAUGCGAACGUGAUAAUCCUGGCGGAGAGGUACCUGAACGCGCCGGCGGCGAUCGUGGAGGAUGCGCGGGCGAACCUGUACGAGAUGCUGCCGGCUAGACUGAGGGCGUCGGUGACUGCGAAGCUGAGGAGGCGGUGGCGGAGGGAGGAGGAGGGGGAGGAGGCGGCGGUGCGUGACGGCGGCCCGUCUCUGGCGGAGGGGUGGCGGGAGGCGAUGAAGGAGAUUCUGCAGUGGCUGGGGCCGGUGGCGCACGACACGGUGAAAUGGCAGGCUGGGAGGAACAUGGAAAAGCAGAUGUUCGAGGGGAAGCCGACGGUGCUGUUGUUGCAGACUUUGCAUUACUCGGAUAGGGAGAAGACGGAGGCGGCCAUUGCAGAGCUGUUGGUGGGUUUGAGUUGUGUACACAUAUGCGAGAAUCGGCGGGCAUUUGAUCGCUGUAGGUAUAAUAAUCUUUGUAGAUGACGAGGAUGAUGCUGAUGCUGAUGAUGAUGGUGGUGGUGAUGCUUUCUUUUACAAGCCCUGAAGCAUGCUAUUGAAAUCAACACAGAUCCAAUUUAUUCUUUUUCCUUUCUCCUUUUUUUUUUUAUUUAUUUAAAUCAUUAAUGCAUUCAUUAUUGAUCUUGUUUAUAAGUUUAAUUGUAAUUGUUAGCCAGAGUGUGGGGUAGGGCAGGCAAGUAAAUACUUAGAACUGACAUUUUCUUUUUUCUUUAUUUAUUCUUUUGGCUUUUAAUUCUCUC